AUAGUUGAGGCUGCCCUUGAACUCGCUAUGUAGCCCAGGCUGGCCUUGCCUUCCCAGAUAUUUUCCUGCUGCAGCCUCCCGAUGCUGGAACUACCAGCCUACACUACCGCGCCUGGCUAUGGAACAAGCAGUUUUUAAAGAAAUGAAUCCAAUUGCAGUAGUUGCUGACUUAUAGCCCCCUCUUGGGGCUUCCUGUGUAGCUCUGUGGGAACACAGCCCCUGCCCAUGGCCCCCAAGGUCCCUCCUGCCUCUGUGACCUCAUCUCCCCCUCUUCAAGCCCCAGCCCCACUGGCCUUUUGCUCUUCCUACAACUUCAUUUCCUGCUGACCCAGGGCCUUUGCAUGUGCUGCCUGGCCUCUGCUGGUCUUUCUCCUGCAGACUUUUUGAAAGGAUUGCCCGUGUACAACAAGAGCAAUUUUAGUCGAUUCCAUGCUGACUCUGUGUGCAAGGCUUCGUCAUUGUGACAGAAAAGACAAACAUCCUUCUACGCUACCUACAUCAGCAAUGGGACAAAAAGAAUGCUGCCAAGAAGAGGGACCAGGAGCAGGUGGAGCUGGAGGGCGAGAGCUCAGCGCCGCCCCGCAAGGUGGCGCGGACGGACAGCCCCGACAUGCACGAGGACACCUAGGCCGACGCCCGCCCCGUGUGGCGCCGCGGCCUGGGCUCGUGUUAGCGGUUUUAUCCUGGACUCGCGCGUGCUCCGUGUCCACCCCAAUAAAGGAUCUUUCCUACUCCACCUCGCGUCUUUGCUCCGCCCGCCUCGGCCGGGAGGACGGAGCCCACCGUCAUCCUCCUGUCGGCACAGCGGGGAGCGAGGAGGGGCCGUGCCAUGCCCCGCGCCAGCGGAUUCUCCUCAGCCUGCUGCGGCCACGUCAGGGCUGCAGGCACGGCGGAGCGGCUGCCCGCCACGCCCAUCACUGCGUCCUGAGGACCGGCUCAGCCCAGAGAGACAGCGUGGGUCCCGGCACACGGCCAGGCAGAGUGCCUGGGAGGGGACCCUGCCAGAGACGGUUACGCCGCUUCGGGUGCCACCGGUGGGCGCGGCUGGGCGAGGGGCUGCUUCCUGGCCUGGGUGCACCGCUCCCGCCCACCCACCCCAAGGGGCCCUGAAGGUGGCUGUGGCUUUGGGAGCUUGGCUGGGGCGUUGGGGCUGGUGAGGGCAUCGAGCUCAGAGCAGGGCGAUGUCGGGAGGUCACCCACAGGUCACGCCAUCGUGGCGGUGCUGGGCUGCAGGGCCACGGGGCUCCCUGAGGUGCCACUGGGCGGCUCUCGGCGUGCUCCUGUGUCUGCCCUCGCCGGGCCCUGGUCGUGCAGGCUCUGGGUGUGGGCUGUGCCGAAGUGCGGGGAGCUUGCUGGGGUCGGCCAGCCCUCGGGGUGCCUGGUGUCACCUGGUUGGUGGCAGAUGGUGGGGCUGGGCGUGCACCCUUCCCCUGGGCGUCAGGCGUCUUUGUCCCCUCUGAGGAGCUGGCCCCGUCCCUGUGCUGCAGGCGGGCUUCCUGGCCUUCGCAGUCCCCUUCACCACCCUGCUCGGCAGUCGCUGCCCCGCCUCUGCUGGCGCAGGCUGCCCGUUGCCUCCGGGUGCCCCGGCCAGGCCCUGAGCCCUCACAUUCGGAUGAGAAUGCACACACCCCAGGUCCACACCUGAGGGCCCGUGAUUCACGGCUGACUGCUGCACCAGGCUGCCCCCCAGCUCUCCUGGUGCCAGCUGUCUCCCGGUGUCCACAUCUGUCCCUCCCUCCCUGCCGACCUGGUGCCAGAUGCUCCCUGGAGGUGGCUGUCAGAAUGACCGUCUCUUCCUUGCCGCCCAGCGCAGGGAGAGGACUGCCACCCUUACCCCCACCAGGCCGAGGCACUGCUGACUUCAUCUAGGAUGCUAGGGCCAGCUCCGGGGGCUCUGCAGUCCCAAGGCCCAGGUCACCCCGUCGUGGGGAAAUCUGGAGCUUCUGCAAAGCCUGAGAUGGUUCCAGGAGCCCGGUCAGCCGGCCCGAGCCCAGAACGCCACACUCACCCUGGGCGCUGUCGAAAUAGACUUUUUAUUGCAUUGCUGCCGUUUUACAAAAAUAUGACAAAAUAAAUUAAAAACAAAUAAA